AUGCAGGCGGUGCGUCCGGCGGCGGAGGCCGUGGAGGAGGAGGUCACCCAGGCACAGGUGCAGGAGGUGAGGGAGGAGGUGGCCAAGGCCGAGGUGAAGAGGGAGGUGGCCGAGGAGGCGGCGCUAGAGGAGAAGGAUGUAGCGGUGGUCGGAGAAGGGGAGGUGGAGGUGGAGGUGGAGGCGGAGGCGGAGGCGGGAGCGUCGGCGAAGAAGAACCGUAUCCAGGUGUCCACCAACAAGAAGCCACUCUACUUCUACGUCAACCUCGCCAAGAGGUACAUGCAGAACUACGACGAGGUUGAGCUCUCUGCUCUAGGGAUGGCCAUCGGGACCGUUGUAACAGUUGCUGAGAUCCUCAAGAACAAUGGCCUUGCCACCGAAAAGAAGAUCCUGACAUCAACCAUUGGCACCAAAGAUGAGUCAAAGGGGCGGCUUGUCCGUAAAGCCAAGAUUGAGAUCCUGCUGUGUAAGUCAGAGAACUUCAACAGCAUCAUGUCCAGCAAAAAAUCCGACCGCCCAAAAUCUGCCGAGGAAGAUAUCAAGGUAUGAAUGCCUGAUAUGAUCAACGUUUAGGCCUCCCUCCCUGUCCGGAGGUUGACAGCAUGUAUACAUGAGCCGGCCAGUAAGAGGCAGCACCAGCAAUCUGAUUAAGUAGUAGUAAUUACGGUACGUACCUUAAUUACCUUAGUCCUUGUUAAGAUCUUGUGAGUUGAGCA